AAAAUGUUAUCUCAAAAACGCUUUCAUUACUUUAUUUACCAAUCCCUUGCACGGUUUCACUUCCUCUGAUCCGCCCGUUUUGUCGAAUUGUGAAAUCGUUUCCCUUUUUCUUUCGACAGCGACUGAAAUUUCUCUCCUGUUGAGGGUUAAUAACGCUACAUUAAAAGGUGCUUUUUUUUGUUGCGGUGGAGUGUUCAUAGACCCACCAAGAACGAACAGGGGCAAGGUGCUCGCAGAAACCUCUGAGUAACAACCCAUUGAGACAGGACCUAGCUGCUCACCAAGUUCAUGGGUUCCGGAAGCCUUCGCCUCACAGAGAUUUGGGUUAACAAGGAUUUUCUUUGAGGUCAUCAAUUAAAUUUGCACAAAGAUGAACAGAAGACAUGUCAGUGUUAUCCUCCUAUUCAGUAUUCUUCAAUUUGCAAUGCUGGCCGAGACAUUUGAAGUCAUUGGAUCAAAGUAUCCCAUUAUAGUCACUGUGGACGAUGAUGCUGUAUUACCAUGCCAUGUGGAACCAGGUACAUCAUUGAAAGAUCUGGAGGUUCGAUGGUUUAGGUCCGACUUUACUUCGCCAGUCCAUUUAUAUGCCAAUCAACAGGAUCAACCCAAUUUGCAGGAUAAAGCUUACCGAGAAAGAACUGAACUUUUUAACAGCGAGUUUCCCCAUGGAAAUGCCUCUCUCAGACUGAAGAAAGUGAAAGCAUCAGAUGAAGGCAUCUACACAUGUUUUAUUGACUUCAAAUCAAGCUAUGAGGAAGCAGUGAUAAAUCUCAAAAUUGGAGGUAUUGGACAGCAGCCUUGGAUUCACUUGGAGGGAACCAGUGGCCAAGGAGUUCGUCUUUCAUGUAAAUCAAAUGGGUGGUAUCCUGAGCCAACUGUCCAGUGGCUGGAUGGAAAUCGACGAGUUGUGAAUGCAAAGCCUGAAACAACACAUCAAAAAGAUUCCAAUGGCCUUUUUACUGUUUUAACUCGAAUUGAUGUUACAAGUGACUCAGUGAACAGAUUCUCCUGUCUAAUGCAAAACAGCUUAUUACACAAAGAAGAAGAGGCCCGUCUUCGGAUACCAGAAAUAUUCUUUCCCAAGACCAAUGUGUGGCUGAUAGUUUUCUGGGUGCUUGUAGCCGUUGUAAUUACUGUUGUUGUUCUUGACGUAAUGUUCCACAGGAAAAAACAUAAAAGAAUCAAAGAGCUACAACUGCUUUGCAUUUUGGAAGGUUAUAAACAUUACGACAUCAAUUAUCCCUCUGUGACCUUGGUUAAAAAAACUGGCCAUCAGGAAGUUGAGGUGUCUGGGGAUCUGAAAAGUGUAAAGUGGACUGGAACAAAUCAACCUGAUGCUGAGAAGAUGCUGAAAGACCCAUCCUAUGUGCUGGGAAAAGAGGGAUUCACAUCAGGGAGGCAUUACUGGGAAGUGGAGGUGAUUGGGACAGGCGAGUGGAAUCUGGGAGCUGUUGCAGAGUCUGUGAAUUUGGAGGAACAGAUUAAACUGAAACCUGAGAAUGGAUUCUGGACCGUUGGAUGCCUGGAAAACCGUCUGGUUGUGAAUGACUCUGCCGAUCCUCAGCUUUCUAUUGGUGAUGUCCCAAAGAAGAUUGCUGUUUAUGUCAAUUAUGAGUCUCAGAUGGUUUCAUUUUUAAAUGCAGACACAAAAUCGCAUCUCCACACUUUUGCUAACAAAGAAUUCCCACCAAAACUUUAUCCAAUAUUGCAAACCUCUGAAAAUGCCCAGCUGAAAAUCUGUCCCACUUCAAAGAAACGUCUGUGGUUGCUGAAAUAUUGGAUUCCCGUGAACACGGAGAGCACUGCUUCAUUCCCGGUUAAAGAAGUUUUUGGAAUUUACAAGGAUCGGGUGAAAUCUUCCUUAGAUUCUCUCACAGGGAAGAAACCAGGGACGCUGGAAAUGGAGCAGCAGCAAAAAGAGAUUUCACAAAUUUGGGAGGAAACAUGUCAGAAGAUGAGGACUAGCAAUGACAUUAAUGAUCUGCCAUUAGAAGGUCACAUGAAGUCUCCUGGAAAAAUCAAUGGUCCUUUACUGCAAACAGUUGAGAGAGAAAAUCUGGAUACAUUCAAGCAUGUCUCUGUGACCCUGGAUAUGGAAACAGCAAGUCCCUGGCUCGAGAUGACUGAGGAUUUGAAGAGUUUACGAUGGACUCUGACAGGGAGGCCUCUCCCUAUCUCAGCAAAGAGGUUUAAAAAUUGUCCUGGUGUGUUGGGAUCACAGGGAUUCAAUUCAGGAAGACAUUACUGGGAAGUAGAGGUGGCAGAGAAUCGGUGCUGGAAUCUGGGUGUAGCCGCACAGUCUGUGGAGAGGAAAGAUUGGUUCCGACUGAGUCUGAUGCCAGAGACUGGAUUCUGGACCAUUGGGUGGGAUGGGAAUCAGUUUCAUGUAAACUCCUCCUCUCGACCCCCUAUCCCUGAUGGUCAGAUCCCCAGGAAGGUGAGAGUUUGUCUUAACUAUGAAUCUGGGAUAGUUUCAUUUUACAAUGUGGAUACCAAGUCCCAUCUCCACACCUUCACUGGGAAUAAAUUCACAGAGAAACUUUAUCCUUUCUUCUGGACUUGGGAUGUUCACCAGUUUCUGAGAAUCUGUUCUGAUGUGGAUUUGGAGAAGGGGCGGGCCUCAGGAUGGACACACCAUCCUUGAUUUCUCAGUGACCUGAUUCCAGGAUCAGGGUCAGGGUCAGAAGUCAGAGUAUGGAUACCACCAUUUACAACAGGUUAUCAUUAAAUAUGCCAUUGAAUAUCCAAAUUAUAAAUUAUAAAAUCCCAAUCUGACUUCACAUAAAUAUAAAUGUCAGAGGAUUAAAGCAAAACAAAAAUCUAGAGUGUCUACUUUUUUCACUUGCUCCCUGUUUUAGUCAAAACCACUCAAUGUCAUUUUCCAUCUCUUCACCUGUUUCCCAGUCUGGGGUUCAGAUUUCUUUUGUUUCCAUUUCUCACUCUUCUGUUGAGAGCUGCAUGAGUUUUUUUAUAUAUAUAUAUAUAUAUAUAUAUAUAAUAUAUAUGGGGAGAGAGUUUUAUUUUAAAAUAGUUGCUUGUAGGUAUUGGUUAAUUUGAAGUUUUUUCAAAGAAAUGACAAGGUCAGGCAUUACAGGAAGGAUGUGGAAGCUUUGGAAAAGGUGCAGAGGAGAUUUACCAGGAUGUUGCCUGGUCUGCAGCAAAGGACUUAUGAGGAAAGGCUGAGGGACUUGGGUCUGUUCUCUAGGACAGUGACCUAAUCCUGUAUAUGUUAUGAAAAAUUGUUCAUAGAACAUAGAACAAUACAAUGCAGAACAGGCCCUUUGGCCCUCAAUGUUGUGCCGACCUGUGAUCAAAUCUAAGCCCAUCUCCCUACACUAUCCCACUAUCAUCCAUGUGCUUAUCCAAGGACUGUUUAAAUGUCCCUAAUGUGGCUGAGUUAACUACAUUGGCAGGCAGGGCAUUCCAUGCCCUUACUACUCUCUGAGUAAAGAACCUGCCUCUGACAUCUGUCCUAUAUCUAUCACCCCUCAAUUUGCAGCUAUGCCCCCUCAUACAAGCCAGUGUCAUCAUUCUAGGAAAAAGACUCUCACUGUCCACCCUAUCUAAUCCUCUGAUCAUCUUGCAUGUCUCUAUUAAAUCCCAUCUUAGCCUUCUUCUCUCCAAUGAGAACGGACCCAAAUCCCUCAGCCUUUCCUCAUAAGACCUUUGCUGCAGACCAGGCAACAUCCUGGUAAAUCUCCUCUGUACCUUUUCCAAUGCUUCCACAUCCUUCCUGUAAUGGGGCGACCAGAACCGUACACAAUAUUCCAACUGAGGCCGCACUAGCGUUUUGUACAGUUGCAGCAUGACAUCACGGCUCCGGAACUCAAUCUCUCUACCAAUAAAACCUAACACACCAUAUAACUUCUUAACAUCACUAUCAACCUGGGUGGCAUCAUUCAGGGUCUAUGUACAUGGACACCAAUAUCCCUCUGCACAUCCACACCACCUAGAAUCUUUCCAUUGACCCAGUAUUCUGCCUUCCUAUUAUACUUUCCAAAGUAAAUCGCCUCACAUUUAUCUGAAUUGAACUCCAUUUGCCACCUUUCAGCCCAAUUCUGCACUUUCUCCAAGUCUCCCUGCAACCUGUAACAUUCUUCCACACUGUCCACCACUCCACCGACUUCAGUGUCAUCUGCAAACUUUCUAACCCAUCCACCUAUGCCUGAGUCCAAGUCAUUUAUAAAAAUGACAAACAGCAGUGGUCCCAAAACAGAUCCUUGAGGCACACCACUAGUAACCGGACUCCAGACUGAAUAUUUUCCAUCAACCAGCACUCGUUGCCUUCUUGCAGAAAGCCAGUUUCUAAUCCAAACUGCUAAAUCUCCCUCAAUUCCUCAAUCAUACAGUGGUAGUUUAUGAUAGGUAGAGUAAAUAUUGAAGGCCAUUGGCUUAUUUUGCUUCAUGAUAUUCAAGGAUAUAUUUAAGAUUAGGAAAUUUUGGAGAUUGAGAGUUUUAGGGCAGUCCAGAGGAAAUAUGACUGAGUUGAAAAGCAAGCAUAGAUCUUCUCCAAUAAGGGGGUGUUUUCAGAGUGGUUAAGGGAAUAAGUUACCUCAGUAGAAGAGUUUAGUUUGUGCACUGUCCAGACCAAGACUGUUUAGCUCGAAAGCUGAAAGUCAUUAGAAGUCGAGUAAGGCUAUAUUCUCAGUUUUGAGAAUCUUCAUGUAAGAAGACUUUUCCACAGUUUACAGAACAGAAAAUGGGGAUAAUUGGUUAAGUCAAACUUAAAGAUUUGGGAUAGAGAUGUGGUUAAUUUCUAUGAAUUUGACUUGCUGUAAAGUGUUGGGUAAUCAGUCGAAACUUUGUCUGCUGAGUGUUUUAAGAUUUUCAUAACUGUUCUAUUUCUACAUAGCUUGAUUUGUUUCUUUUUCUGUUUUUGCCUUUUGUACAAUAAACAUCUAUUCUGCUGGUGAAGAAA